AUUAACUAUUUGGAAAUUUAUUUAUUUAGUUAAUUUAUCUCAAAUUGUUAUAAUCAUAUCUAUUUAUAAUUACAAUAUUCGUAUAUAAUAAAUCGUCAUAAAUUACAAUUAAUAUAACUACUGUAUUAUUUUGAUUGAAAUGUAAUAAGUAAUUGGUACACCUCGUGUCAAGUACAAUUUUGGUUGUCAUCCCUGAUCAUAAUAUUCUUUUUAAUCACUGAAGAAUAGAUAAUUGUGGAUCACGACAAGUGGACUUUAAUGUCAAUGUAUCAUUGUAGUGAUAAGUUGGUGCAGAAUAAUUUCCUUAUUUAAAAAGCAUGUUAAGGUCGAAAUGGCAUAUAAUUCGACUUAUCGUAUUCGUCCUGGCACAGUUGGCUUAUUGAAUAUGUAUUUUUUUUUAUCGUAGUGGCUUUGUACAGGUGGGCGAUUAACGCAUUAAGUUAGACAUUUUUGACAAGCACUUUGUUAAUUGUGUUUUCAAACAUUGCACGCUUAUUGUGUGCAAGAAACGAUCGUUAAUGUGCUAUACGGAAAAUAUGAAUGAGCAUUAAAUGGUUUCCAAUUUUUGAAGUGUAUAAAUUUUUCUUAAAAAUGAGUUGGUUACGAAAUAGUCCAUUGAGGACAAGUUUUACCAAACAACGAUCUAGAGAUUCACCACCAAAAGAUGCCGAUCCAUCAGCAUGCUAUGAUAGUUUUUGCAAGCAUUGGCAACAAGCUUAUGAAAUUAUUUUACAUACUAUUCCACCAAAGGGAAUACCUAGUCAAGAUGAUGUUCUUGGUGUUGUUAAUCAUAUUGACCAGAUGGUAACUCUUUUAGUAUUAGAACUUAGAGAGUCUACGUCUUCCAAGCAUUAUCGUCAAAAUUCUAGUGCGACACACUCUCCGUGUCUAGAGUACUUAUUAAGUGAGAAUUUGCUUGUAAAAUUAUAUGAAUGGAGUGUACAUACUGGAAGAUUUAAUAAUGCUGUUCGCUUAGAACAACUUAAACUUUAUGAAUUAUUAGUAUCAUACAGUGGCACAUUGCUUGCACAUGAGCCAGUAACAAGGCCAUUGUUAAGAUUAUUAGAAGAAUGUGCUAAUGAUAUUAUGCCUUUGGAAGUAGAAAAAAAAUUAGUUGUCCUAUUAAACCAAUUAUGUGUAGCUUUAAUGCAAAAUAUGGCUUUAUUGGAUUUAUUUUUUCAUUCAACAUCAACUGGAAAAAAUAAAUUUAUUAUUUUUACGUUAUUGAUACCUCACGUUCAUAGGGAAGGAGGUAUUGGACAACAAUCUCGAGAUGCAAUGCUACUAUGUAUGUCUCUUUCCAAGAAAAAUGAUGAAAUUGGAUUAUAUAUUGCUGAUCAAUCCAACAUUUGUCCGGUAUUAGCUACAGGUUUGAGUGGUCUUUAUUCUUUAUUACCUCGAAAACUUAAUAUUGAAACAGAUGAUUGGCAUCGUUUAACACCUGAUGAUGUUAAUGAUAUACCAGCACUUAUACAACUUAUGAAUUCUUUGGAGUUUUGUAAUGCUGUUGCACAAAUUGCUCAUCCCAUGGUUCAAAAACAAUUACUUGAAUUUUUAUAUCAUGGAUUUCUGGUACCUGUAAUGGGACCUGCUUUAUUACAGGAUUCUCUUGGCUUGACUCUAGAACAGCUAGAUGCACCAGAGCACCGGACAACUGUGGAUGAAUUAGUAGCAGCUACAGCUUACUUUGAUUUGUUUCUUCGAUCCGUAACAGAACCAGGUCUAUUGAGAUCAUUAGUUAGAUUUUUACUUGAAGAUAACUAUGACGAAUGUAGGAUAUUGGAUAGUCUUAUACAAAGAAUAUCUUCUAGAUCAAGGUUAUGUAUUGUAACUUUGGGAUUGUUUGAAACCUUGAUUAACUUAAACUGCGAGGAUGUAAUGUUGGAACUAUGUUUAGGAGCAUUGAGCCCUUGUUCUCAUGUAAUGUUAUCUCAGCGCCGAAGAUUGAAAGAUAUAGAUCCUUUCGGACGUGGUGCCGAAAAAUUUUUAGCUUUAAUACCAAGCUGUUGUUCUCCAUUUUCUCCUUUGGCAACAUCACCUACUUCAUUACCAAGCACUUUGUCUGUUUCUCGUGAAGAAUCUUUAAAUAACACAUCUGAUGCAUUAAAAUCAUUACCAUUGUCAAUAAAUUAUGGUACCAGAAUAUCAGACAGUCUAUAUGGAAAUUAUCAUGCUUAUCUUUGUGAUGCUAGACAAAAGAUAACAGCUUGUAGGAUAGCAUGUUGUAACUGGUCAUCUCGUUACGAUGGAGAGAUAUCUAAAGAUAGCAAUACUGGAAGUGCAGUUACUUUAACAGAUGAAAAUACAUUACUUGAUCAAUCAACAAAAAAAAUAGAAAAAAAUGUGGUACAGUCUUCAGAAACACAUUCAACUACUACGAUUGAUACAAAAGAAAAUAUUUUUACAGAUAAUAUAUUAGCUAAUAUUCAAAAUUUAUUAGAAAAUAAAGAAUUAACAAAAAAAACAUUCAAUACGGAUUUGCCAGUAACAUCAGAUGUAGUAUUAUCACUUGAGGAACAAGCUAAAUUAGAUGCUGAUAUUGCUGAAUUAUUAAAUGAAAAUAUAGGUUCUUCAGAACCUGUUGUUGAAACAUUAUUAACAGGAAAUAAAAAAGGUUCUGAUAGUGGUAUUGAUGAUUCAAAUACAGCUAUGAAUUCUUUGUUAUCAUUAGGAGAAAGUAGUGGUUAUGAAAGUUUUGCAUUUAAAGGAUCAUCAGAAUCAACACUAGAAAAUGAGCCAAAUGCAAAUCAAAUAAAUGAACAUGAAGAAAUAAAUGUAGAAUGCAACCAUGAGCCUAAUGUACUUUUCCAUGAUAUUGUAGAAUCUAAUUCUCUAAUAUCAGAAGAAUUAAUGAUAAGUAAACAAAGCAAAGAUACCGCAUGUCGUCAAGACAUAUUUAAUGGACAACCAAAUGUUGGUAUAUUUUUGGAUGUUAUUUUAAGAAAAUUGGAAUGUAUGACAAGCAAUAAUCUAUAUGUCAAUUUACAUUUAACUGGUCUUAUAAGUAGAUUAGCAAUUUAUCCACAACCAUUGUUGCAAUCAUUUUUAUUGAAUCAUUCAUUGGUGUUCCAGCCUAGUAUUAGAUCAUUAUUUCAGGUACUUGCAUCUUUAAAGCGUAAAAUAGACCAAUAUUUAUUCAAACACGAUAAUGUCGACCUAUUAGUAGACCAAGCUAGAUCAUUUUUAAUUGGUCGCGAAGAUAGAUUAGUAAAUGCACGCAAAAAUGCAUUAGAAGCUACUGCACAAUUUGCAUGCAGUAAGAGGAAUUCCUUAACAAGCGACUCAUUUUUAAGAGGUGAACCUAAAAGGAGAAGCUUAACAUCGUCCUUUACACAAAUGUUCAGAAGAGCAAGCAAUACAUCUGGCUCAGUUAGUUUAACAAAUUCUAUCAGUCAACCAUCUAGUAUAUCAGAGAAUCAAUUAGAAUCUGUAGGAUUUGGGACAGGUUACCGGUAUUAUAUCAGAUCAUCGUGGGAGUCUCCAAGUGAAAUAACUUCAGUACAAAAUAUAGUAUUAUGUGCAGUUGUAUUAGAUGAAUGGUUGAAAGAAUUGGCAGCUAUUACUCAAGAACAUGCCAUCAUGUCAUUUACAAAUGGUUUAGAACAUAAAACAUAAUACAAGAAUCUGUAAUGAUAGAAUUGCUAAAUUAAUCUAAAGGGUGCAUAGGUACUAGUAAAAGAUAAAAUAGCUUUAUGAAAGUGUUCAUUUUCUUUUGGCAGGGUUGUUAGAAUUAGUUACAAAUUAUAAGAUGUAUUACAUUUUUAAAAAGUUGUAAUAAUUUUAAUCUGUAUAAGAUUUUUAUUAUAUACACUAUUAUUAUGCUUUUUUAUCACUUUGAACCAUAGCAUCAUAUUUGAAGGCAAAUUACUUUAACUUUUCUCUUAAUAAUUAGAAUUUAAUUAUUAAUUAUUUUCACAAUUGAUUAGAUUUCAUUUAUAAGUUAUAUAUACGUAUAUAUGUUACUUAUAUAUGUAUAUUAUAAAUUUGUAUUAUAAACAUAAAAUUACCUGAGGCAUUCUUAUAGUAUAUAUUCUACAAGUCGUAAACACAAAAAUCUAUGAAAAUAUUGAGAAAGAGAGAGAGACGAGAGUAUUUAUUAUUUUUAUUUUAUUCAGUGUUUUUAUUUAUCAAAUAAAAUAAAAUAAUGUACAGUUUUAUCAAAAUAACGUUGGGGCAAGUAAGCAUCAAUUCUUAAUAAAGUUUAAGCUCGAACAUCAUGCUUUACAACAUUCAAUAUAAUUUAUAUCAGAGGAUUUCUUAAUGAAUUACAAAGCUCAAAAUGAUUCUUAAAGAAAAUGUAUAUUUUUUAUUUUUUAGUGGAAUUUUCUAUUUCAUACAAAUUUAAAAUAUAUAGUGGCUAUUCUUUAUGAAAAAUGUAAAUAAGUAAUAUCUAUUUUUUAUGACAUAUAUAUGAUUUUAUUGUUAUUUAAUAUAUACUAAUAUUUUGAUGUUUCUUGUUAAUGAUACGUACUUAUAUUAAUUGAAAUAAGUUUUACAUAUUACUUACAUUUUUAAAGCAAAAUAUAAAUACUCUUAUAGCUUUUUUAUGUAAUAUACUACUAACAUAUAAAUAUUAUUAAGAUAACAUAUAUUUUAAACGUUUCAGAACUGUAAGAGUUAUUUGGCUUGUUUUACGAUUAUAAUUUUAUUUAGGAGUGUUAAUAUUGUCAAAUAUAUCAAAAUGUCACUUAAUAUCUUUUUUAAGUAUAACAAAAAUAUUGUGUUAUUUGUGAUAAAAUUAACAAGUUUUUGAUGCAUUCUUGUUAUAUGUAUAUUAUAUAAAAUAUUAUUCUUGCCAAUAUAUUACAAUAAUCAUGAGAGAAUCAAACAUAUAAAUAUAACAUAUCAAGGUCUAGAUUUAAAUAUUCAGAAUAAAAAUAUUAAUUCUGAUAUUUUUAAAUAUUAAUAUUUGAUAUUACUUUUGAUAUAAGCACAAAAAUUAUAUAUGAUGGUAUAAAAGGUGCAAUUUCAUAUAAUGUAAAUCAAGCUAAUAAUUUUUUUAGUUUUAAUUUAUAUUUUCUAUUAUUCAUUUGUACAUUUCAUUGUUAGAUUCUUGCCUCAAUGUGAUAUUAUAAUUGUGAUUAUAUAAAAAUUAUAAAAUUACCUUGUUAAAACUAUUUCUCUAGUGGAAAAUAAAAUAUGAAGUUAAAAUUUAUUAAAAACGAUCGAAUGUUGAUGAAAUUUGCCGAAAAAUUAUUAAUUGUUAUUGACUAUAAUGAUGAUCAUGUUAUAUUGUUCCAUUUAAAUUAAUAUUUAUAAAAAAUCAUUGUUAUAAAUAAUAUGUUAGCAUAAUUAAAAAAUGCAUACUUUGUUUUUUAAACUAUAAUGUUUCAUUAUGCAAAUUAUAUAUUUUUUUAUAAAUAGGUAUAUGUGCAUUCUAUUUUUCUAUAAAUAGUAAAUACGUUUCGGAAAAUUUUGAACAAUAAUCAAAUUCA